AUGACUCGCCGAGCCCGCGGGUGCGUGGUGCUCGUCGCGGCGGCUGCCGUGGCGUGGAGGACCUGCGCCAGCUGGGGCUUCCUCGCGCCGCCUGAGUCAUCUCGCCGUGGCGCGCUUGCGACGGGGCUGGCCGCGGCGGCGGGUGGCGUGCUGGGAGCUCCCGCCGACGCGGAGGCGUACGAGCUUCCGCCCUUGGGCUACGCCUACGACGCCCUGGAGCCUUCCAUCGACAAGGCAACCAUGGAGUUUCACCACGACAAGCACCACAACACCUACCUGGUGAACAUCAACAAGGCGCUCGAGGGCAAGGAGCAGCCGCCCAUCCUGGAGCUGCAGAAGGGCGCGAUCCAGGCCGGACCCGCGUUCAGGAACAGCGGGGGCGGCUACUACAACCACAACUUCUUCUGGCUCGAGAUGGCGCCGACGGGCACCGGCGGCAAGCCGUCGGCCAGCCUGGAGGGGGCCAUCAACGAGGCCUUCGGGUCCAUGGACGAGUUCAAGGCCAAGUUCGAGGCCGCGGGCGCGCCCGGCGCUCGCUUCGGCUCUGGCUGGGUGUGGCUGGUGGUGACCGCGGACAAGAAGCUGGCCAUCACGUCCACGCCGAACCAGGACAACCCCCUGAUGGAUGGCGUCGAGGGCACCCCGGGGAUCCCGGUCCUGGGCUGCGACGUCUGGGAGCACGCCUACUACCUGAAGUACCAGUACCAGCGCCCUGCCUAUAUGACGGCCUGGUGGGACGUGGUGAACUGGAACGUUGUCAGCGCCUGGUACGAGGACGCCCUCAACGGCAAGGCCCCCACAACCGAGGGAGUCCCCUCCGCAGCAGCGGUAGUGGGCAAGAGGCAGGCCCCAGCGUCCUUCGGCGUCAAGUUCAACUUUGAGGCGAGCAUGAAGUUCGGCCAGUGA